CAAGGCGUGCAUGGGCGCCACCUGUCCUCCCCUCUACUUCACUUGAUGGCUAUAACUUCGAAAUCCUUCUGUUUUUGCUUCUUCAAACAGAGUUCCAAUCGAAGGUAUUCAUUCCGUCGAGAAUGGCGAGUCCGCAGAGCCCCACCUUGGGCUACAUCAUCGUGUACGUCGUCGACGUGGCCAAGUCUGUCGACUUCUACUCCGCCGCCUUCGGCUACACCGUCCGCCGCCUCGACUGCUCCCACCGGUGGGGGGAGCUGGAGAGCGGGCCGACGACGAUCGCGUUCACGCCGCUUCACCAGAGGGAGACGGAGGGUCGGACAGGGGCGGUGCGGACGGCAGAGGAGGAGAAGGGAGGCGCGAGGGGGCCGGUGGAGGUGUGCUUCGACUAUGCAGACGUGGACGCGGCGUACGAGAGGGCGGUGGAGAAAGGGGCGGUGCCGGUGAGUGCGCCGGAGGUGAAGGAGUGGGGGCAGAAGGUGGGGUACGUCAAGGACAUCGACGGCAACGUCGUCCGACUCGGAAGCCACGUGGCCGAACCUCGUCGCCUUUAACUAUAUUACCGGA